AUGCACUCUCAAUCUGACCGCGACUCCUAUCCAAACCGAUCUCUGUCUCAAACCUCUGCAACCACCUGCUCCUCUCGCAGCACUCAAAGCUCCGACGAGAAGAAAUACAGCCGCAAGCUGUCCAACCCACUGGCCUCCAAGCUGUUCCGACCACGCAACAAGUCUCCCAGCCCCAUCGACAUCCCCAAAUCCCACUGCCCGUCCUCGGCAAGUGACUCCCAUCCUCGAGACAUUUCCCGCAGUGCCCCCGGGCCCUCCUACUUCGGCCAGCUCCGCCGCUCCCACAGCCCUGACCAGAUGUCUCCCAUGGCCACCAGCCCCCAGUCUCCCAAGCAGGAGUACCCUAGCAAGCGGGCCUCCACCCCGACCGGCAAGAACAGCGACAACUACCGUCGCUACAGCGGCACCAUCAACCACUACGGGCGGCACUCAAAUGACUGGCUGUUUGGCGGAUUCAGCGUGCGCGAGACCGUCCGCGAUGGGAUUGAUAAGCUCCGCAGCAAUGACAAUGACAAGGAGAGCUGA